AUGACGGUGAUGGUUAGUGCCAACAGAGUAUGGGUGGAUGGUUGUUUCGACUUUACGCACCACGGGCAUGCGGGUGCUUUAUUGCAAGCACGCAGAACUGUGACGGACCCACCACUAGGCGAACUGUACUGUGGUGUCCACACGGAUGAGGCAAUUACUCUUAAUAAGGGCCCCCCAGUAAUGCACACGAGAGAAAGGUACGCACAUGCUGCAUCCAUCAGGUGGUGUACCCGUGUCGUUGAAGAUGCGCCAUACGUGACCGAACCAGCUUGGUUGGACCGGUACGGGUGUAAAUUUGUUGUUCACGGGGACGACAUCACCACAGAUGCGCAAGGAUACGACUGCUAUCAAGAGGUGAAAGACAUUGGUAGGUUCAAAAUGGUUAAGAGGACGUACGGGGUCAGUACAACGGAUAUAAUACACAGGAUCCUGACGGGUGCUCGGUGCGAUAAAGAGGCAAACGAUUGCAGGCCGACUUUGGAAGAGCUUCAGUUUUAUUCUAGAGGUAACGAUGGGUUUGCCAAGCACUGUCAAGUCUUUGAUAGAGACAUACACACUCUUCUUGUCUCUAGUGAAACUUUCCAAUUUGAUCCAACAUCGAGUCUACUUAUCGUUGGGGAUUUUGAUUUGUUCCACAUGGGCCACAUAGAGCAGUUACAAAACGCACGAGAUGGUUAUCCAAAUUCUAAAAUUAUUGUGGGAAUACAAGACGACCAGGAUAACAUUAUGUCUUUAAAAGAGAGGGUGUUGAGUGUUUUGAGUUGUUGUUACGUUGAUGGCGUGAUCUUGAAUCCAGACAUGCGUGCUUCGGUCGUACAGUGCUUUGGGGAACUGCUAAACAUAGACUCGGCAGAGCUUAUUUCAAGCAACCCAACAAGUUUCAGCAGCUAUCUAACAAAGCAGGUAAUUGUCGAUAGAAUCGAGAAACAGCGUGACCUUUUUAUCACUAGGAAUAAAAACAAGGGAAUGAAUGUUUGA